GUUCUUUGAGAAAUGCGCUCGUUCAAUCAACCGAGCGUGACUUACUCAAUGGUUGCGUAGCUUAUUUGCAGCAAUAAUCGAAGCUGAGAAGCGCUCAAAAAAGUUUUUGCAAGUUGUUAAAAAAGAUGUAACGUUUUCAAAAUUCUGUUGUCAGAAAUUAAUUAAAAAAUGAGAAAACUGUUUGCUAAGUGUGGUAGUGUGAAUAGGAGGCUGCUCGUUUCCAAGCUAUUUUAUUUUUUUUAUUGGUCUGCUUACGGUUCUUUUUUUCCUCUUCUUGCAGUAUAUUACAAACAGAUUGGAAUGAAUCCUUCGCAAAGUGGAAUAUUGGUAGGAAUGCGACCUUUAAUUGAGUUUGUUAGUGCACCAUCGCUAAGCUCUUUAGCCGAUAGAUUGAAUAUCAGAAAAGUCAUGCUCAUUUUCAACUUACUGUGCUGGAUAGCUUUUGUAUUCCCAUUGGGAAUGAUUAAGCCAUUAGACAAAACAUGUCAUCGUUUUAUCAUGCUGGCCAAAAAUAUUACAGAAUUUACCUCACAGGAAACAGACGAGGUAAAUGAAUUCUUGAAGUCAAAUACGCCACAUGAACCUCAGAUUAAUCCACACAGAAAAAGUAAUGUCGUUUUUAGCGAAGAAAGCAUUCAUCAAAUUUUUUGGGUUUUACUUUUUUUAACUGUAGUUGGAGAGUUUUUUGCAUCUUCUGCUCCCACUCUGGCAGAUACUGCAACACUGAAUGCACUUGGUGAUAAUAAAGAAAGGUAUGGACGUCAAAGAAUGUUUGGUAGUUUAGGAUGGGGAUCUGCUAUGUUUACUGUAGGAUUUGUUAUCGACGCUUUACCCAUGUAUAAAGUUUGCGACGAACCUAUCAGUAAAGACUACACCUAUGCUUUUUAUUUUUUUAUUGUUUUAAUGAGUGUUGCUUUAAUCAUUGCAACAAAGUUUAAUUUUAACAAUGCUGACGAUGCGGAUGAAACUUUGCAUGGAACACCCCGCGAUGUGUUAAACAUAUUUAUGAAACCAAACUAUUUUAUGUCAGUGCUUUCAGCUUUGUAUUGUGGACUAGGCAUGGGUUUGUCACGAGUUUUUUUAUUUUGGCAUUUAGAGGAUCUAGGUGCUCCUCCUACUUUAUUUGGUAUUUCAUCUGCAACAGAUCACCUAUCGGAAACAACAACAUACUUUUUUAUUGAAUGGUUAUUGCAAAAAGUAGGCCAUGUUCAAAUACUCGGUAUAGGAUUAUUAGUAAACUUUGUUCGGUUUUUCUGCAUAUCGUAUAUGGUAAACCCUUGGUUUAUUCUACCUUUAGAUGUUUUACAAGGUUUUUCACAUGCUGGUGUUUGGGCAGCAUUAACUAGUUAUUUAAGCAGAGCGGCCCCAAAAGGAUACAGAGCUGCUGUACAAGGUAUUCUACAAGGAUUUUAUUAUGGACUUGGUAGAGCAGUGGGAGCAAUUGGUGGCGGUGUUUUGACGCAUUAUUUUGGAACCAACAUUGUUUUCAGAGUUUACGGAAUUUUUUCACUUCCGAUUCUUUUUUUAUUUGUGAUUGUUGAAGUUAUUUAUUACAGAAAAAACAAUCGUUCAAUACUGAAAUCUAUUUCUAAAAAUAAUGUAAUUAACAAUGCCAAACAUGAUUCUAAGUUAGAAAGCCACGAAAAAAGCAUAAAAGAAUUUUUUAAUAAUCAAUUUAAUGUAAAAGAAGAAGUACACGAACACGCAAAAGAUAUCGAGAACAUUGAAAAAAGCUCCAACGAUUUAAAAACUGCAAAUACUGAAUUUCACGAUCCUCCUCUGCUUACAUCGGAAAAGGUGACGUAAUAUAUUUUUUGCUGAAUUCUUAAUUGUAAAAUUUUUUUACUAUUGUUAAAGUAUAAACUGUUCUUUUUAUUGUAAGUAUGUACAUAUACAUGUAUAUAUAUAAGCCAGUGGCCGUAUUUACAUCUUACCUAUAGGCUUUGAUGUCCGUUAUAUAUAUGCACACGUGUCAUAUAUUUCAUCCACAUUCUCUAUAUUUUUAUUAUCAAAAUUUUUAUGAAAAGCAAAUUUUUAUUGGAAGCAUAUUUUUAUUUAUAACGUGUUUGUAUAGAUAACAUAUUUGUAUUAGUUACAUUUUUUGUUUA